AUGAGCGCUAAACAGUGGGGUUCAUUUAGUGCGAUGCUAUCAACUUCAGAAACCAGGGACAUUCCAAAAAAGAAGCAUUCCGCAACAAACAGCACAAAAAUGGAACAAGCUCUUUCCAAAUUUGAUUGGAUCAAUUUGAAGAAUGUCGGUACCAAAAGAGCAAAGCCAGAUUCACAACGAAGAGAGGACCGAAAAAGGCUUGCAGCUGGAGCAUCAGAGAAAGAAGAACCUGCUCACCCAUACAUUAUCGAUCAAGGAGAAAGUGCGUUGGCGAAAGUUGAGACGAUACCAACUAGAAGUGUUACAUUUUUCCCAAAUGAGAAGCGUCAACAGACACACGUAAUUCUGCAUAAUAAAUCCGAUCGAAAAGUAAUGUUCAAAAUGAAGUCAACAAGACCUGGACUUUACAAGAUGAAACCGGUAUUAGGAGUCAUCAAUCCUGGCGAGAAGUAUUCGAUUCGGCUAGUUUAUCUGGGCAUCAAGAUUGGCUACAGAAUUCCGUUAAACGACAGGAUCACUAUUGUACUUGCGGCAGUUUCACGCAAAGGCGACGAUAAGAACAUGUUCAAAGGGGAGACUGAGGGAGAAAUGCGAAAGAGGAGACUAUAUGUUCUUUACAGAGGUGUAAAUGAUAAGAAAGACCUGGAUGAAGAAGAUAAGAAGAAAUCUGCAGAAAAAGCAGCACCAAAAGGAAUGGACUCUGAGGAUCAAAAGGCUUGUGUGAGCGGUUACGACGAGGGCUAUAAAGCUGCUCUUACAGAGAAUAUGGGAGGCUCCAAGGAAUAUAUGGGAGCAUCGAAGGCAUUAGAGCACUUACAGAAAACGAAAAACAUUGGUAAACAACGGGCAUUUCAACAGGGAUUCACUGAAGGUUACGAAAAAGCAAGAGCUUUGCUAAAAUCUACUGAAAGGAUGAGUAAGGAAAGUGCAAGGAAAAUAUCAAAGGAAAAAGCAAAGCCUUCCAAAGAGUCGGUGAAGGCGAAACCGAAAGAGGGUAAAAAAGAGUCUAAGGAAGUAUUAAAAGUGAAAGGGCCAUCAAAAGAAAGCGCAAAGGUUCCAUCGAAAGAGGCACCAAAGGCGCCUUCUAAAGAAAAAGCUAAAGCUCCAUCAAAAGAAGAAGAUAAGUUGGCAUUUGAAGAAAAAGCAAAGCUAAUGAAAAAAGAGCCGGUGCCUCCUUCAUUGUUUUCUGCAAGAGAACCAGAACCGUUUAUGUUGAAGAUGGAAAAGCUUUCAGAUGGUAGAAAUGUAACUGCAGUAACUCCAGGUGGUACAGAUGCGUCACUAGGCGAUCAGCUAAGAAAGCAGGAAUUCCUUCAUAUAAGCCCUGGCGGAAAGCGACAAAUCGUUAUAAUAAUGUAUCGAGACCAACAUCUUCCCGAAAACCUCAUCUCAAGGAGUGGUGAUGAAGACGAUGAAGAAGGCUCGAUAGAGCCUAGCUAGAUAUUCUAGCUUACAAAAGCCACUCAAGUAGACCUUAUCAUCCUUAUCCUUUAUUACACGAGAUGGUGAAAAAUAACUGAAUCCG